GGCGCUACAGCUGGCGCCCGCCCCGCCCGGGCGAGGCUCCCCGGGGGCUGGGGCCGGGAUGGAGCCGGGGCGGCGGGACUCGCUGGCGCUGCUCACCGACCUCUACCAGUUCACCAUGGCCUAUGGCUACUGGCGGGCCGGGCGGCAGCGGGAGCCGGCCGAGUUCGAGCUCUUCUUCCGCCGCUGCCCCUUUCGGGGGGGCUUCGCCCUGAGCGCGGGGCUGGGCGAGUGCCUGGCCUUCCUGCGGGCCUUCCGCCUCCGCGAGCCGGAAAUCGAGUACCUGCAGUCGGUCCUGCCCAGCACUAUGGAGAAGGCUUUCUUCGAUUACCUGCGCACCGUGGACGCCUCCGAAGUCACCGUCUCCUCUGUGCCGGAGGGCUCCAUCGUCUUCGCCACGGUUCCGCUAUUGCAAGUGAAGGGGCCGCUGCUGGUGGUGCAGAUCCUGGAGACCACGCUGCUGUGUCUGGUCAACUACGCCAGCCUUGUGGCCACUAACGCUGCCCGGUUCCGCAUGCUCGCUGGCCCAGACAAGAAGCUGCUGGAGUUGGGGCUGCGACGUGCCCAGGGCCCGGAUGGGGGCCUUUCUGCAUCCAAGUACUCCUACAUAGGGGGCUUCGAUUGGACCAGCAACGUGCUGGCAGGGAAGCUGUACGGGGUUCCGGUGCGGGGAACCGUGGCCCAUUCCUACAUCAUGUCCUUCUCGUCGCUGGCGGAGGUGCAGCCCCGGGUUCGUGUCCCUGCCGGGGGGGGGCAGGGGACCCUGAAGCCCCUGGACGGAGAUGAGCCGGUGGAUUUCCUGCCCCUUGCUGAGUCGUGGCUGAGGCGAGUGUGCCAGACGCUGCGGGUCCCCCACGACAGAGUGAACCACGGGGAGCUGGCUGCCUUCGUGUCGUACGCCAUCGCCUUCCCCCACAACUUCCAAGGGCUGGUGGACACUUACUCCAUCAUGGGGAGUGGCAUCCCAAACUUCUGCGCCGUGGCGCUGGCGUUGAACCAGCUGGGAUACCGCACGGUAGGGAUUCGCGUGGACAGCGGAGACCUCGGCAAGCAGGCGAGGGAGAUUCGCCAGGUGCUCCGGACCUGCAGUGCCGACUUCCAGGUUCCCUGGUUUGCGACCAUCCCCAUUGCUGUGAGCAAUGACAUCAGUGAAAGGAACCUGGAGGAGUUAAUGCAGGAGGGGAAUGAAAUUGACAUGAUCGGAAUUGGGACCAAUCUGGUGACGUGCCCGCUGCAGCCCUCUCUGGGCUGUGUUUACAAGCUGGUGAAGGUGCACGGCUGCCCCAAGCUGAAGCUGACUGAAGACGAAGAGAAGAUGACCAUCCCGGGGAGCAAGGUGGUGUACAGGCUCUCUAAUGCCACUGGUCUUGCCUUUAUGGAUCUCAUGGCAUUGGAGGAGGAGCCCCCACCCAGGGCAGGGCAGGAGGUGGCUGUCCGCUUGCUGGGAAGGAGUGAGGAGGCCAGGAGGGUGACUCCCACGGCCGUGGAAAUCCUGCACCGCACUUACUUUAAAGAUGGACAGCAGGUUUGCCAGGUUCUUCCCGGCCUGCUGGAAAUCAAGAGCCACGCGCACGCCUCUUUGAGCAUGCUCAGCCCUGCGCACAAGAGACUCCAGGACCCGGAGCCUUACCAGGUUGCUGUGACCGAGAAGCUGCACUUUCUCCUCAGUGACCUGCGUCGAUCCAGCCGGUGAGCUGCCCUGCCUGCAUCAUCCCGGCCAGCAGCAAACUGCACCUAUGCAAGCCCAAAUUAACCUGCACAAAGACCUGGCCACUAUUAGGGCCUGGGGGUUUCUAUUUAAUUGUCUAAUUCUUUUUGAAUGAUGGUUUUGCUGUGCAGGGCAGUAGCUACAGGGCAGUCCAGCUCCAACAGGUAUAGCAAACAUCCCCAAACAGGACCUGCGCAGACGGGAAGAAGAUUUUUCUGAUCCGAUUUGAAAUGCAAGGGGAGGCGUUGAUGGGGGCAGAGAUCCAGCAAGGCUCUGCCUAGUUUUACUCUACUAACAGUGGGGCUUAAGUGUUGGGAUCUGCAGCUGUCCUCGGGUGCUGUUCUUCCGCCGUCUCUACCAUGUGUUUUGGAAAGGCGUAUCUCCUUAUGUUGUCCCUCCCAGAGUUUUUCUGUGAAAACGGCACUUUCCUCAAUAGACCUGAUCACUGCGUGUCUUUGGAGUCGCACCUUCUGACUUUAAUGCCUAAAAUAAGGGGGUGUUUGUAGUGCAGAGCCAUCCCAGCUAUGGGAGAAUGAGCUGGAUUCUAUUCUGGGCUCAUGCGUCAUGAACAGAGUUGUUUAAGAAACAGCAGAUUCAUCCUAAGCAGAAUCAAACUCUCAUCACAGACAUUGAUUAGGAAAUUCUCUGCUUAAAGUCUAGGGCUAUUAAUUCUCUUUAGCUUAUAGCUAAUUUGUAGGCUCUCAGUAAUUGUAUCGGAUCAGGACUUGUUCUGUAUCUUGGCCAAUGGUGGCCAGUGCCAGCUGCUUCAGAGGAGGUACAAGAAACCCCAUGGGCUGCAUCUAAACUGGGGAAAUUUAUGAUCUAAUCCUGAAAUGAGCUGUGGCCAGGGGGCUCCCAGUGGGGUUCUGCACAGAGCGCCUUGCAGGAGCAGCAGUUUAAUCUUCAGUUGUAAGUUUAAAAAUACAAACCGACCUCUUACAGAUGGA